CAGUUCUCCGAUCUAUUCCAACGCAUUCUACAGACUCAAGCUCCCUCCUCAAGCCCGACAGCAACCAUGCAGUUCCCAACUACCACCCUCGCGCUCCUCGGCGCCCUCUCCACCGGCGCCUUCGCCGCCAACGUCUUCUCCUCCUUCCUGGACGCCAACGGCGCGCAGAUCGGCACCACCAACUUCGACGUCUCCAACGGCGGCUGCUUCUCCGUCGGCCGCGCCAGCCAAGUCUCCUUCUCGCAAUCUGGCCCGGCGGAGAAUGCCAACGGACCAUACUGCCUGAUCGCCUACGAUGCUGGCGGAUGCCCGGGCAACGGAGACUAUGAUCAGGAGUUCCGCGAUGUCUCCCUGGACAGCUCGCGGACUUAUCAGCUUGCUCAGGGAUUGAAUGGUGCGGGCUCAUACCGGUGGAUUCCCUUCUCGUGUGAUCCUUGAUUCACUUGGACGCUUGAGAGUUGUGGAGGGAUGCUGGGACACGGCAUGGCUGUGGGUUUGCACAAGCGGUAAAUUGGUCAGGCACGAAGAAGAAUUUCAAUGCAGAUGCUUUGUUUAGC